AAUGUCUGCUUUACUCAUCUCUGACUGCCAUGUUAUAGAAAUUGAAAUCUCACUUUUCUUGCCUCUAAAAAAAAUCUCACUUUUCUUAGUCCUCUCUUCUACUGACAAGAAAGAAGAAAAAAUCUAAAACAAACUUCAACCCACAAAAUGCUCAAAACUCAGCAGCACCCCUUGAAUACGCUCAUUUUGGUAAUGCUAGUGCUUUUCUUGGUGAAAAUGUGUUGUGGGAUGUCAGUUUUGGACCUGAAUUCAAUGAAAAAUGGUGAGUUGGAUGCCAUGGUGAAAAGGGCUUGUGCUGGAAAGAUGAGUGAUUGCCCAACUGUGUCUCUGGAGGAAGAGGAGGAGGAGAUGGAUUCUGAGAGCCACAGAAGAAUGCUGCUUAUGCGGAGGAGGUUCAUAAGUUAUGAUACAUUGAGGAGGGAUUUUGCUCCAUGUGAUAGGCCUGGUUCUUCAUACUAUAAUUGCAAGGCUGCUGGUCCAGUUAACACUUACAACAGAGGUUGUGAAAUUAUCACAAGGUGUGGUAGGGGAGAUUAGUAUUAGACCUCUAGAAUGGAGGAUGCCCGUGGAAUUGGUAAAGCCUAGUUCAGUAAGAAUGGAGAGCAAAUUGAUGACAUAGGAAAGAUAUUACUGCUUUGAGAGCAAAGAAGAGGCAGGAGCUUGCUGAUUGCUGUUCUCUAUUAUAUGUAACAAGUAGUAUCCCUUUUACUGAAGAGCUGUUUAUUUUGGAUCCUACAGACAUCAGAAUUGUAAGAAUGCUGGAAUCAUUCAUGCUGAUUUUUUUUUGUUAUUCUUUCUUCCUA